GCUCGGUUUUGCGACAGCUGCUGUCGGAAGUGGGCAGCAUGGCAGCGCCUAUAAGAGCGGCGGCGUGGAGAUUAACCGCGCGAUUGGACAGACGCGCGCUCCUGCACACACGCGCGCUCCCGCACAUACGCGCGCCCCAGCACAGCAGCGCCGAGCCCGGCUCCGACUCCCGAACCGCGCUGCUGAGCCACGCAUGCGGCUCUGACGCGGCGAUGUGGAGGAGAACGAUGUCCGCUUCUUCAUCCUCCUCCGAGAGCCUCGGCCAGAGGAUGGUGUGGGUGGAUCUGGAGAUGACGGGGCUCGAUAUUGAAAAGGACCAGAUAAUUGAAAUGGCGUGCAUCAUCACUGACUCGGAUCUGAACCUCCUCGCAGAGGGUCCAAAUCUGAUCAUCAAUCAGCCAAAUGAGCUACUGGACAGCAUGUCAGAUUGGUGCAAAGAACAUCAUGGCAAAUCAGGGUUGACGCAGGCGGUGCGGGACAGCAAAAUCUCGCUCCAGCAGGCUGAGUACGAGUUCCUGUCCUUCAUCAGACAGCACACUCCGCCUGGCCAGUGUCCACUCGCAGGAAACUCCGUGCAUGCUGAUAAGAAGUUCUUGGACAAGUACAUGCCCCAGUUCAUGCGGCACCUGCACUAUCGCAUCAUCGACGUGAGCACGGUCAAGGAGCUCUGCAGACGCUGGUUUCCAGAGGACUACAAACUGGCACCACAGAAGAAAGCAUCGCACAGAGCGCUGGACGACAUUCAGGAGAGCAUUAAAGAACUGAGAUUCUACAGAGCCAAUGUUUUCAAAGUGGAGGCCGAAGAGAAGAAGAGGAAGAUCAUUGAAAAUGGAGAUAACAAGUGUGUGGCCUAACGUGCUCGCUGCCUGAGGUGCUUGAGUUUGGUUCAUCAUGAAGGAGGGAGGUUCUUUAGCCCAGAGCACACUGACCCAUAACUGACCCAACAAACACUCGGCUUUAUGCUUUUACAGAAUGUGAACGGACAAACCAAAUCAAACAGUAUGAAGAAGGGAGAACGUUCUCGAACAGUGCAAAAGGUGCAGCAUCGUAGAACAGUGAGACUGGAGAACGUUUCAGAACGCUGUGAACGGGGAGAAUGUGAGUGAAAGGAAAACCUUCUGAAACGUGAAUGGGGAGAACUUUCAAGAACCGUUUGAAUGGAGGGAAACGUUCUAGAACUGUGUGAAACCGAAUAGGGACAACGUUCUACAAUAGUGUGACAGGAGAACCUUCAAGAUCAGUGUGCCUAGAAGACGACUUUGUAGCGCAUAGUGAAUGGAGCCAAAAUGUUCUGGGCUAUAGUGAAAGGAGGAGAGUGUUCUAGAACAGAGAAUGGAGGGAGCACAUUCUAGAACAGUGAGUGGAGGGAGGGAAAACAUUCUAGACUGGUGAAUGGAAGAGUGUUCUAGUACAGCGAAGGCAGGGACAUGUUCUAGACCAUAGUGAAUGGAGGAGCGUGAUCUAAAAUGGUGUAAAUGGAGGGAAAACGUUCUAGACUGUAGCGAAUGGAGGAGAGUGUCCUAGAUUAGUGUGAAUGAAGGGGAAAAAUUCUGAAACAUUCCCUGUCCACACUGUUCUAGAACGCUCUUGAACAGUGGGAAUGGUGGAACAUGCUAAGAAUAAUGGGAAUGAAGAGCGUUCUAGAGCAGAGUGAAUAGGGAGAAUGUUUUUAAGAGGACGUUCUAGCACAGUGUGAGUAGAGAACAUUUUAGAGCAGUGUGAGUGGAGGAGGGGGUUCCUGCAAAGUGUGAAUAGAGGGCAGAUGUUCUAAAACGCGGACGUUCUAGAUCGGCGCAAAUGCGAAGAAUGUUCUGGAAGAGAACAUGGGGAGAAUCUUAGGAGUUGGUAGAACGUUGGGUCAUUGUGUUCUGGGCUUUAAACACUGUGUAUGCUUGAAUCCCCAGUGUCUGUCUGUUGUUCUACUGUUUGUUUCCUGUUCCCUCUUUUCUUUCAGUUCUAACCAAAUAGUUCGGGAAUAAAAUCGGCUUGGUUAAAAAAGGAGGAAGCUUAAGAGCAAAAUUUCCUUCGGAUUUCAUUACGUUUGUUGUUAAAUUACAGCUUGUUGAGGUGUUUCUGUCCUUGUUCAGCUAAAAUGCGAAUGGUAGUUGAAUGUUCUGUCUAUGAAGAACCAUUCAUUAUUUUCCUUUAUCCCAAUAAAUCAUUCCUCAUUUAGGAAAACUUUG